AUGAAGGUUCUCAUUUUUGGUGCUUCAGGAUACAUUGGAAAUUCAGUGGCAAAAGCUUUUGCUCUUAAUGGUCACAUUACUUAUGGAUUAAUUCGGAAACCUGAAUUUGUAGUUCAGUUAAUUAAAGAUGAAAUAUUUCCAAUUUUAGGAGAUAUAACUAAUCCUUCAACAUGGCUCCCAACAGCUCAAACGGUUGACUUAAUAAUUGAUUGUACUUCUGAAUAUAAUAAUCCUGUUGAAUUAUUUAAUAUCAUCUUUAAAAAUAUUGUAGAGAUAUCAGAGAGACGAGUUCAACAAGGUGGAGAUAAAUUGGGAUACAUUUUAACUUCUGGAUUAUGGAUUUAUUCUUCAGAAUCACCAUAUACACCAAAAUCCGAAUUCACAUCACUUAAUACAGAUCUAGAAAUUGAUAAAUGGCGCCCACCGUGCGAACAAAUAAUACUCAAAUCGAAUUUUAUUAAUGGAGUAGUAAUUAGACCUGGAGCUACUUAUGGAAAAAGUGGUUCAUUAACUGCUCAGUGGUUUAAAGAUGCUAAUGGUGGUGAUGGUAAAUUAAUAGGAAUUGGUAAUGAAAAUGUUAGAUGGGCUUUUGUUCAUGUUGAUGAUUUGGCGGAUGCAUAUUUGAGAGUGGCUGAACGUAUAAAUAUUGUCAAGUCACAAAUAUUUAAUGUUAUUAAUAAUUGUUCAGAAUCUAUGGGUGAUGUUCUAAAAGCUGUGGCAAGAAUAACUGGAUAUGAAGGAGAAAUUAAAUUUCGAGAACCACAGAAUGAAUUAGAAAUAGCAAUGACACAAACUGGAAUAUUUACAAAUCGUAAAUCUCAAACUUUACUUGGAUGGCAUCAAAAACAUUUUGGAUUUGUGGAUGGAAUUGAAAUUUGUAAUAAUUCACUUUUCAUCAAUGAACCAUUAAUAAACUUAAUCAACUUAAUCAACGCAUAA